UUGUUGGGGGAAACGCCAUUACACGUUUUUGUUUUGUUUUUUGAGGACAUAACUAGCCAAUAUAGUUAUAGCCCCUUAAAAAAAAAAAAAUCCGAACUUUCCAUAACUUUUCUCUCUAAGAUCUGAUGCCCAAUUAUUAGUAAAAAAGAGCAGAGAAGCAAAAAAUCAAUCUCUACCCUGUCCUCAUAGUCAAAGCAAACAAAAUUAAGAUUUCAGUUUCUCCUCUCUCUCUCUCUCUCUGUCUUGAACUGUGAAUGCAAAGGUAGAGAGAGGAAAAGACAUGGCGGGUCGCAGAGACGGAUCAUUAAUGAGGGACAAUUCACAGUCCGUGUAUAAAUCGAGGAUCACAAUCGCCAUAGCCAUUGGAGUCCUUCUCGGCUGCUUUUUCGCCUUCUUCUUCCCCAAUGGCCUCUUCCUUUCCUACUCAGACUCUUCUCCCACUCUCAAUCGCCGCCUCGCCAAUUCCAUUUCCCAGGUUGGUUCAACCCCAUGUGAAUCAUCUGAAAAGCUCAACAUGUUGAAGUCAGAGUACAUGGCAGCACUAGAGAAGAACAAGGAUUUAAAACUGCAGGUAAAGGAAUUGACCGAGAAGCUUCAGUUGGCUGAGCAAGGGAGGGAUCAAGUACAGAAGCAGGUUCAGAUGUUGGGUCCUCAGAAGAAAGUUGGGGCUUUUGGCACUGUCAAGGGCUUACGAACCAAUCCCACUGUUGUCCCUGAUGAGUCUGUGAAUCCGAGAUUGGCAAAGAUCUUGGAAAAAGUUGCUGUUAAUAGAGAGCUCAUAGUUGCACUAGCAAACUCAAAUGUUAAGGAGAUGUUGGAGGUUUGGUAUUCCAACAUUAAGAGAGCGGGCAUACCCAAUUAUCUGGUUGUUGCUUUGGAUGAUGAAAUAGCUAAGUUAUGUGAAUCAGAGAACGUUCCAUUUUACAAGAGAGAUCCAGACAAAGGCAUUGAUUCGGUGGCGAGGAUAGGAGGAAACCAUGCAGUCUCUGGGCUGAAGUUUCGUAUUCUGAGGGAGUUUUUGCAGCUAGGAUAUAGUAUUCUCCUCUCGGAUGUUGACAUUGUUUACUUGCAGAACCCAUUUGAACAUCUCUACCGCGACUCGGACAUAGAAUCCAUGACCGAUGGUCAUGAUAAUAGAACUGCCUAUGGAUUUAAUGAUGUGUUUGAUGAACCUUCAAUGGGUUGGGCUCGAUAUGCUCAUACUAUGCGCAUAUGGGUUUUUAACUCUGGUUUCUUCUAUAUCAGGCCAACAAUUCCUUCUAUCGAACUUUUAGACCGUGUGGCUGGUCGGCUUUCGAGGGAACCAAACUCUUGGGACCAAGCGGUUUUUAAUGAGGAACUGUUUUUCCCUUCACAUAACGGGUAUGAAGGGCUUCAUGCUUCAAAGAGAACUAUGGAUUUCUAUCUUUUUAUGAACAGCAAGGUACUCUUCAAGACUGUGAGACAAGAUGCGAGACUGAGCAAGCUCAAGCCGGUGAUCGUUCAUGUGAAUUAUCACCCUGAUAAGCUUCCGCGUAUGAAAGCGGUUGUGGAAUACUAUGUCAACGGGAAGCAGGAUGCUCUGAAACCUUUCCCCGUUGGUUCAGAUUGGUGAGGCUUGUUUGUGCUCAUUUAGAUGCUUUUUGGGUUUGCAAGAAACACAAUGUAAAACAUUUCAAAGCAUACGUGUAGGUCAAGUCGUCUGGUAAAUAUUUAUUCUUCUCCUUUAAGAAUGAUGGGAUUCUGUCUCUACAUCAUAAAAUUUCAUGCCAUUUUGCUAUUCUGCUAAUCCUUUUGAAUCGUAUAUUCACGUCGGCCUAUGGUGAUUCUAUUUUCCUUCUUAGUGAUGUAUCAAAUUAAUUAGAACAUUUUUUGCUUGUAUUGGAUCAAAUUUCAGUAUUUGC